AUGUAUACCAAAAACCAAUACAACUUCCAAUCCCAAUCUCAUUCUAAUUCUCAACACCAAGAAAAUUCUGACAUGAAUAAUCCAAAUUACUAUCUUCAAAUGUCCCAGGGACAGAUGAAAAUGCCAAUGACAAUUCCAAGUUAUAUGCCUUCUCAAAAUGUUCAAAUUCCUCAACAACCUCCAAGCAAAUUAAAAUAUCGCUCUUCAAUGAUGAAUAUGAGCACUCCAAAACUAAAUAAACGAGCUUCAAUAGCCAACUUGAAAAUGGCCUCUGCUUCUUCUGCCUCAGUGUCUUCUUCACUAUCAUCUCCAAUUUCAAUGAUACCUUCAAAUCAGUUUAAACAAAAUUUUCCUAUCCAAAACCCCUCGAGCCGUGGAAUGUACUACAGUGCUAUAGUAGAGAGUCCUGAUCUCUGUGAAUUACUUAAAACUUAUAAAAAAAGAGGAAAGUUCAGCUGUAACCAUUGCAAAGACACUUUCGUUAAUGUUCUUGAUUUCGCAGCUCAUUUGGAUACCUACAAUGUUAACAGGCCCUUUAAAUGUAAACACAAAAAAUGUUUCCACAAUAUUAUCGGGUUUUCAAGUCAAAAUGAAUGUACAAGACACGAAGAUACUGUCCAUGGUGAUAAAGGAUACAGGUGCAACACUUGUCUUAAUACUUUCAGUAGAACAGAUUUGCUAUCUGCUCAUGUUGAGAGAGCACAUAAAAACCCUGAGAGCAGGUAUAACAGAAAAGUCAAGAAACAACAAAGCUCUCCAGCCUUAUCAAGUGCAUUUGAUUACUCUCACAAAUCCCCAAUGUCAUUGUCAAAUAUCGAUGAAAACACUUUGAUGUAUGAUGAUAACCAUAUGUUUCGUUCUUCCCAUUCCCAAACACAUCCAAAUGGAUAUCCUCUUCAACAUCCUCACUCUCACUCUCAUACUUCUCACACUCUUACCAGAUCUACUUCAAUGUCCCCCAACUUAAACAAGCAAAGCAAUGGUAGAAACAAUAUGAGUAUAAAUUUUUUAAUAAACUAA